UUGCAUUAUUGGGCCGACAGAAUGGGAGGAAGAAAAUAAAAAGGAUGGACGAGAAGAAAAGAAUGUUUGGGCGAGCCGGGCCGAUUCCAACGAUGGUUUUGAAGCCCGAACUUGGAAUUAGGCCCACAAAAUCAUGUCACAGCAACUCAUUUCAGCCCAAAAUGGGCCCGUUCCAAUCAAUGAUCUUCAACUAGGGUUUCCAGAUUCUAGUUUAAUCGUUAGCAUUUGCUACCACCCAACGUAUCUGUACCAGUUCUCCCGGAUUGACCUCGGUGGCGGCAGGCUGCUGCGGUGGCUUCUCCUCCUACUCCGAUGUCAGAUGCAAAUAAUGAGCUCUCUGUGGAUGUCAACGACCUAUCUGAAGCAAGCACUGGAGAAAAACGGAAAAGAGAAGUAAAGUUAAGAUCUAAAGCUUGGGAGCAUUUCACCAAACUCAUAAAGGAGGAUGGAACGUAUGAAAAAUGCCAGUGCAAUCAUUGCAACAAGCUCUUUACAUGUUCGAGUAGAAGUGGGACAACCCAUCUGCUUCGUCACAUAACAGAAGGAAUAUGUCCCGUGUAUAAUAGAGGGAAGAAAGAUAGGCCGCCAACCAUUUUAAAUUAUAUGAGAGGGAGCUCAGAGCCAAGAAAUAACAUGACGUCGUGGAAAUUUAACCAAGGAUUGGACCAGGCUGGGCAUGAAUCUGUUGAUAUGCGGGAUGAGUUGUUAUCAGCGGGUUUAGAAGAUCUUGAACGUCAAACCCGUGAAGUCUUGGAGGAUGAUUAUGUAGGCCAACCGUCACCACCUGUGAGUGUCAAAUAUCCUCAACAAUCUGCUUUAAAACGUCAAUCGAGAGGAGAUUCAUGGAUGACUGAGUUGCGUGCCUGUGUAAGUAAACUUGUUGAUCUCACAACUGAAAGGAUGCCAAACGGUAGUUCCAUCAAAUCUAGUUUAGCUGUUACUGCUCCUGAUUACUCCAUUGCUGCUGCUCUAAGGUGCCUGAAUGAAAUGGAAGAUAUUCCACAAUCCAGCGAAAUGUACCUAGAUGCUUUUGAACUACUCAAGGAUGAUGGUGAGAGAGAGUGUUUUAUAUGUUUGCCAGCAGAACCGCGUAGGAGAUGGCUCCAAAGGAUGUUGCAUCGACGUUAUCCUUUGCGCUACAAUUGUAAUUUUUGAAGGACUUCUGGGUAUAUAUUAGACGUUUACUGAUGACAAUCUUGUCUGAGUUUGUGAAUGAUUUCCAGUAGUAGACUACUAAACUUGGCUUGUUGCUUGAAAUGGAUGGUGUAAGCUCUGGCCCCUGCAUUGGAUGAUAAUGAUUCUUGUGUUAUUGUAGACUUUUGAGUGACAAGCAACGCAUUAUACUCCCAGCUAAUGUUUCCCGUCCA